AUGAUCAUGGAUCCAGAAAUUCAAUACAUCCUCAGUCUCCAGGCCGUGCGCGAACGAGCCCAUCAUGUGUUGAAGCUCGCCCUGGAGAACAAACUAAACCACUUCGACUACCACGCGGACCGUCUCGACGACGCGGUCCGGUAUGUCACCGGUAUUAUCAAGCGGGACUACGGUCCAGACCGAUAUGGUGAGAUCCCUCCUCACGGCCGCUGGCAGCACUUCCAAGUUGGCCCCAGAGACCGCAUCGGCGUACUCCUGAGCAACUGGGACUCUGCCAAACACGACAAGAAAGAGCAAGCGCGUGGUCUAGUGGAUCUAUUCCUUGUUUCUGUUCUGCUGGACGCCGGGGCGGGCGAUAAAUGGCGCUUUACAGAGCCGGAUACUGGUGCCGUUAUAGUACGAAGCGAGGGCAUCGCGGUCGCAACGUUGCACAUGUUUCUUGCAGGUCAAUACUCUACUGCAGAGUCUAGCCGGAAGGACAUCGUACUAGGACAAGCCUUGCAGGACCUCAAAGAAGAGGUCCUUCGUGAGGGGUUCCAGAUCACGCACGAGAAUCCCUUCGUCGGGGUCCCGUCCAGAGUGGAACUUCUAAACGCGCUGGGUCGCUCCUUGCUACGUCUUCCAGACGUGUUUGGACAAUCCGGCCGUCCGGGAAAUCUCGUCGAUUACCUCUUGUCCAAGACGGAUAAAUCCAAAUCAUUAGAUUUCAACGUCCUCUGGACAACCCUGCAGGAGGUUCUCCUCCCCGUCUGGCCUUCAUCUCGAACCCAACUAGCUGGCCACCCCGUAGGCGACGCCUGGCCUCUUCAAGUCCUAUCUAGCAACCCGCCUUCGCAGUCGAAAUACCCCUCCAUCCAGCCCUUCCACAAACUCACCCAGUGGCUUGCCUACUCGCUCAUGGUGCCAUUAGAGCGUCUGCUGGGCGUGACCUGGAAAAAUGCACACAUCGCCACCGGUCUGCCGGAGUAUCGCAACGGGGGUCUAUUCGUCGACAUGGGGGUGUUAACGUUGAAGCCCGAGGCAUUGAGCCGCGGACUGGCCAGUUCCGGAACGAGUCUUCCGGCGUUUGAUGCAACAGCCGAUGAGAUUGUCGAGUGGCGUGCAUUGACGGUUGCGUUGCUGGACCGGGUGCAUGAAGCGAUCCAGAAGACGGAGCUGGGUUCGGUGGGACUGACUCUGCCACAGGUCCUGGAGGCUGGGACUUGGAAGGCAGGCAGGGAGUUGGCAGCGGAGAAGAGACCCGAGACUCGGUCAAGUCCUGUUUUGAUCCUGGGUGAUGGGACGCUAUUUUAG